AUGAAGUUCGCUAUCGGCCUCCUUCUCGCGGCGGUUGCAGUCACGGCUACGGCCGUUGAGGACAAGUGCUCCUUCGGCUGCCUCGACGUCUACGAGCCUGUGUGCGGCUCCAACGGCGAGACGUACUCCAACGCGUGCUACCUGCGUCUCGCAUCUUGCCAGAGCGACAAGGAGAUCACCCAGUCGUCGGAUGGAGAGUGUGCUUCGACGCCUGCAACAUCGGCGACGCCUUCGCCCAAGACGUCCAGCAGCAAGAGCAACAGCGGAGCUGAGUCGUGCGACUUCGCGUGCUUGGAUGUGUACGACCCCGUGACCGAUGAGAACGGCAACGAGUACUCGAACGAGUGCUACAUGAAGUUGGCGAAGUGCCGUGGCACCAGCGGCGACAACAACAAGCGCAUCGAGAACCCCCGUAUCUCUACGAUGGGUGUUUAA